AUGGGGCCCGGCGGCUGGGCGGCGGGGCGCCGGGCGGCGGGGCGCUGGGCGUCGCUCCUGCGGCGCGGGGCUGCGUCCCCUGCAGCGGCGGCGUCGGGGCCCCGGCUUCCGCGGCAGCCCGAGCGGCGUGCGCCCGCCGUGCCCGCGCCCUGCCGAGCCGGCCUGCACCACGGGCCGCAGCCGGAGGAGCCGCGCGCCGGCGAGGGACGCCGGGAGCCGGGCGCCGCCGCAGAUCACACUGGUCUCAAGUUUGACAUCGACAUGCUGGUUUCGCUUCUGAGGCAAGAAAAUGCAAGAGACAUUUGUGUGAUCAAGGUUCCUCCGGAACUGAAAUACGCAGAUUACUUUGUCAUUGGUAGUGGGACUUCCACCCGACACUUACAUGCCAUGGCCUUCUACAUCGUGAAAAUGUAUAAAUUCCUGAAAUGUAAAAAUGAUCCUCCAGUUAAGAUUGAAGGGAAGAACACUGAUGACUGGCUGUGCGCAGAUUUUGGCAGCAUGGUAAUUCAUUUGAUGCUUCCAGAAACCAGAGAAAUCUAUGAGCUAGAGAAACUAUGGACCCUACGUUCUUAUGAUGACCAGUUAGCUCAGAUACCACCUGAGACAUUGCCUGAAGACUUCAUUCUUGGAAUAGAAGAUACCUCAUCCCUGACUCCAGUGGAGUUCAAAUGUGAAUAAAAUAUAUGAACCACCUUA